UCCGGCUGCUCCGGUUCACAUGAAGCGGCUCCGGUGAGUCCCGACCCGGCUCCGGUCUGUCACAUGGCUGAACAUGGAGCCCGGGGCUCGGUUAACCUUUCAGAUACGUGACACCGCGGGACAAGUUUCAGACUGAAAGCUGGGUCGCUAUCUGCCAGAAAGAGGAACGUAAAUCGCGGGUAAAGGUUAUCUGAGCGUGUGACUGCCGCCCGCAGGACACUUUCGCUUCUCCGUUAACUUUUCUCGGAUGUGUUUUCCUGAAAACGCCGCUUGUUUACGGCUCCGCGGGCAGCGGGGAGGCUCCUCCGACAACUUUGCGUGUCUCAGCUGCAGUAACUGCGCAACAAGUGUGUAACUGUGCGGCGCUUGUUGUUGUGAACAGCUGACUCACCCCCGCAGGCCGGAGGCAGCGGGACAUGGCCGUGUGUCCGCCCCCGGAGCAGCCCCAGUAGAGCCGAGCCCUCCACGGGCUGAGGAUGAUCGGGUCACCGGACCUGCUGGCCUUCACCGGCGGAGAGGGCUUCAGGGAGGCGGAGGAGCAGCUGGAGGACCAGAGCGUCCCGGAGGAGCUCACCGUCCCGCUGCUCCCCGCCGCUCACCCAUGGAGCUCCUCAGCCCGCUUCAACCGAGACUUCAUCCUGGUGGCAGAGUUCUCAGAGCAGGUGGGUCCAAAGCCAGUGCUGACGAUCCCGGAUGACCCCAGAGUCAUCGGCUCAUUUGACCUCAACCAUUUCUCCGUUCGCAUCAUGUCUGUGGACUACCAGGCGUCGGGCCCCGGGCCGGCCUCCUCCCCUGGACCCCGACUCAACUUCAGCGAGGACUCCAAAGUGAUCCUGGGAGAUUCAGCGGAGGACGCGUUUGCGUACGUUCACCACCUGACCCUGUACGACCUGGAGGCUCGGGGGAUGGUGCGUCCUUUCUGCAUGGCCUAUGUGUGCUCGGACCAGGCGAAGCUGAUGGAGAACUUCUCAGAGCUGUCGACGUGCUUCUCUCAGGCGUCUGACAGCCUCAAGACGGGGAACAGACAGGCGUUUUCUAUGGAGCUGCAGAGGAAACUACAGGAGCUCGAGUACGGACAGCUGACUCUGCUGCAGGAGACAAAACAUCAGAGGACGGCAAACGGGCUCACAGACGCUGAAGAAAAAGGUGUCGAGCUUGAAGCUGUGGAGCGUUCCAUCUCCACUCACAGAGACCUCCUCCGCCAGGUCACUUCCUACCCGAACAGGAAGCUCAAACAGCCCGACUUCCUGCCCUACGAUCUAGCCGACUCCCUCUCUGAUCCCACUGCCUUCCAGCCUCCCGAGCCCUCCUCCUCUUCCUCCAUCUCCACCUCCUGCAGGUCAGAGCGCUGUCUGAAGCCACUGCAGGAGCUUUGCAACUCCUACUUCUUGUCCCUGAUGAAGGACCAGCUGGCAGACACGGAGCGCCGUCUCCGCGGCGACAGGAGCGUCCUGCGAACAACUCGGGUCGCACAUUCGCUGUCCAGAAGGCUGACGCUCACUAACUUUCUGUUUGAGCUGUGGAGCCCCGAGGACGUAGAGGAGGAGGAAAGAGAGAGCGCUGAGGCAGAGGCACAGACCUCAGGGAGCAAGAGGAGCAUUGAGGAGCUUCGAUCAGACCAUCCGGUCCUGGAGACGUUCUUCUCCUGUGUGGAGGAGCUCCCCAUCAAACUGGAGGCAGGAGAAACUGACAGCCCCGAGCCCGGUGCUGCCACAGAGAUGACCGGGAGCAUGAGCAGCGGCGACAGCAUCGAAGUGCUCGGGACGGAGAAGUCUUACCGGACACAGCAGAUCGUUGCUGGAUCUGACAGCAGAGAAACACCAGUCGGGGUGACGGACACCUACCUGAGGCGUGCAGUCGUAGAUGCAGGCGUCAGGCGGGUGCGAGCGUACGCCAAGCGGGCCAACAGCGAGGACAGCAUCGAAGUGCUCAGCACCACCGAGUCCAUCUUUCCUGACGACCUCACUGCCAUCACGGAGGAAGAAGCGGAGCAGCAGCCUCUGAGUAACGGCUUUGAAGCUGAGGAAGAACCGCAGACUGAGUGUAAAUCUGACGAAGGCCUCACAGAGGAGAAGACGGUGAAUAGAGCUACUUCAGUGAAUGACGCUGAAAAUGAAGAGUUUGUUCAGGUUCCUGCUGAAAGACAAGAGUCUGUGCCGCAAAUAACAGUCUGUGAUGGUGUCGUGAUCAAAGAGGAGCCGGAAACUGUCAAGAAGACUGAAGACCACGAAGACAAAACACCAGAGAAGACGUCCGACGUACCGCAAGCAGCAGCAGCCGUGGACUCGGCGCCUCAGUGGCCUGAGGUCCGUCAGACGGUGCGCUUGGCUCCUGACCUCCACGUGAACUUUGCCCCUCUGGUCGACCGCUUGGCUCCUCCCGGCCCUCCUCUCAGGCUGCUGAGCAUCGACGAGGCAUCGGAGUGCAACAGCUUCGCCGGCUCCUCGGACCCGCCGUCCCCGACCCAAAACCUCCACAGCAGCGCCCGCCUGGACAGGAGGAGGAGGAGGAAGGCCGGGCUCAGAGCGCUCAGGUUCGUCAAGCAGAACUCCUUCUGCCAGCAUGCCGUGUUUUGCCUCCUGAGCGGCCGGCCGCUGGUGGUCAUCGGAGGAGACGACGUUCUGGUCAGGAAGCUGGUGGACGCUCUGAGCCUCUUCCUGCCUGCUCCUGGUCCUGAUGGGGGCGCUGUGAUGCCGUGUUUGACUGCAGCCCUGCAGCUGACCGACCUGCUCACCUGGAGACUUAUCGGAAUACACAGAUCAUCCUCCAGCUCUUCGUCCGUCAUCCUUCAUUCUCUGACUCGCUACAGCCGUUAUUUAGCGCUGCUGGACAUAGAUCAGAAGACGCUGCGCUGUCCGUCGUACUCCGGCUCUCUCAUCGGCAGACUGGCUGAUCCUCUCUCCGGUAUCAGCCGGGGCAUCACCUACCUGCUGCACCUGGAGAGCUGCCUGACCGCGCUGGCCAAUCAGGUGCUGCUGUACACUUUCAAACGUCCGAAAGCCGCGGGAGGGAACGAUGGCGCGGAAGAGGAGGAGUUUCUUUCCACGCGAGGAUUCUGCAGCAGCGAAAGCGAUUUCAGAGUGAUGCGCUUUCUGUCCGACCUCAUCAAGCAGCGCCACGCGGGACGUGGACCGGCGGUUUUACGGUUCUACUACAGCUCAGUGAACCUCCACAGAAACACAUAUGCAGCGUAAGAAUCAAAAGAAGACACUGGAUGAACAAAAAGAUAGAUUAUGCUGAUUGCUGCAAGUCAAUGCACUGAUGUCUCUGUGAUUUUCAGUGACUCACGUUUUAUCGCCUGCUGCUGUGAACACAUCAGAGUUAAAGAAUGUGAUUUUUUUAAAGACAGUCUUAAAUUCUGAUGGUCUGAGUCAUAUAUUUCUAGUUCCUGGACAUUAGUGCACUAGUGCCUUACUGGCACCAAAGACUUUUAUAUGCUGGCAGCCUUAUGCAGCUUUAUUAUGAUGUUUUAAAGAUGUAGGUUUAUCACUCAAUCACAUGUGAUCUUUGUAAUUUAAUUGUGAAUUUACGCAAGCAAAAAAAAAACUUUUAUAGAUCUGAGAGUACUGUUUAACCAGCAUUGUGUUAUGGCUUGUAGAUGCUUUAAUACUCUGCAACAACAUGCACUGUUUACCUGUUGUUCUGUCUUAUCACCCAACUCAGCUGCAGUUUAGAAAGACAAGUGUGAAAACUGAAUGUACAAUGACAGUAACCAAAGGUCCACUCAGGACAGCCCGGCCCGAUGCAUAUCAAACAGUACAACUGAUUUUGUUACUACAUUUACAGUCACAAGUAUGAAGGAAAAAAAUGACAUCACGUACUUUAAAAGCACAAAAUAUGAAGGUCCAUACAAUAAUGCAGUAGUUGAUCUUACAUAGUGAUAGAUAUGGUUAUGCUAAGUGUAAAAGUUGCAAAUUUAUUUAGCUUCUUGCAUGAGAAAGUCAACACUGCUUCCAUAAUACAGAACCAAAAAGUUUUUCUAAUUUCCGAACUAUGAACAAAGUAGCUCACAAGAUAAUGAACAAUACAUUACUUGGCAGCAACUUCAGGUUUGCUGCAGUUUUAAAGUAAUCCAAAAAUAUUUGUCAGUACAUCCAACAGCAUUAACAACCACCAUACAGGAGCAGUUUUUUCAAAACGUAGAAGAAUUACAAUCAAAAAACAAAACUAAUGUUGAACCCACAAAAAAAAAGAUACUUCCUGGUUUCAUGCAAAAGUUUAAAGGGUUCACAGAAUUUCCUUUAAGCCGUUUUCUCCUGCAGGAGCUGAGCCUUUGAGCAUGUUCCCACUGCACGAAGCGCCUCUGGAGAGAAAAAUGCACAAACUCUAGUUGCCUUGAAAAACAACUCUGGUGUGAGUCUCAACACUGGUACAAAAAGUGCAGUUUUUCUGCCCUCUCCAUGUCCUUGUUGAGCAGCAGUCUCCUCUGUAACGUCGCCAUCAACAACACAAAGUCUAAAACGACUUUCCAUCCAUUUCCUCUGUGAUCACAGAACUGGAGCUCCAUCCAGUGACAUCAUAGACGACAGCGGUUUAGUAACUUGGCCUUUAAACCGUUGACUGCAGUGAGAUGACGGCAGAGCAGCAACCUCCUUCUGUUUGACACUGGACUCACGUGUUUGCUGUUUUAUUAAUGCUACCAUGAGCCGAUUUUACUGUGCGCAUAAUUACUCUGAAAAUAAAGUUGGAUUUUAAAUUUG